GCAAGUUCCGUGUGUUCUGCGGAAAAAUCCCUUUUUGGGCGUCCGACCACAUGUGUGAAUAGUGAACAAAAUAUGGUUCUAUAGUGAUUUUCUGUUCAGAAAACCCGAAUUUGAAGUGAUUUGUACCGUUCAUCGAUAGAUACAGUGCCUACAGAUCGUUCAGUGUGCUAAAAAAGUUGGAACUAGUGGACGGAAGUGGAUUUUUUCGAUGUAAAUACGGUCUGUCCAGGGUCAGUGCGGUGUGAUCGCUAAAGUCUUAGCAUAUUUUUCGCGAAUAGCAUUGCGCUGGUGUCUUUUUUUCGUGUGUCGGAGUGGGCUAGUAUUCGACCUUCGCGCGUGGGGUCGCGUGUCCGGAAAGUUCUUUGCGAUUCUCGGGUCGAAGGCCCCAGCAUGUGUCUCUAAGGGUGAUGGCGGCGCGCUCGUGAUCGUCGGUCGGCGCGGAGCGCGCGCCCGGGCUUACAUAACAGGGGCAGCGGCGGCAUGGCCGCGCGCGUCUCCGCCGAGGGGGCCGGGCCCUCUUACGCAUCAGUGCUGAACUUUCGGGGGGGAGACAGUAACAAGGAAAACAUCGAGGCGCCGGCAGAAGAGGCGCCGGAGUCGGCGCCUCGGCAUGACGACGAGGAGGAGGAGGGGUUCGUGCCGGUGAUCGCGCACGGGCGGCGUCCGGGCAAGAGCCGGCGCGACCGCGAGCGCAGGGCUCCGCCGCGCCAGCAUAAGACCCCGGCGCCGCACGCGGACCCUCAGCCUUCCGCCGAGCAGCAGGCGCAGUCUUCUGAGAGCCAACCCAAGAAGUUUGUUGAGGCGCCCAUACCAAAAGUGAAUCCGUGGCAGGUCCGAGGCGGGAGCACUGGUGUUCCGCCCCCGGCGCCUCCGUCACUGAUCGAAGAGAAGCGGUCACCACUGCAGCCCCAGCAACAGGGUAGGGCGCCGCCCCAGCAGACACAACCAGAACCGCCGGUGGCGCCUCCUGUGGUGAAACCAGCAAUCGUCAAAGCUCCCAAGAAUGCCAAGGUCAAUCAGAAGGCAUCAGACUUCACAGACAUAGGCGAUUGGCCGACCCUGGGAGCGGCGGUCGCCGGCGCGCGAUGCCACUCGACGCCUCCGCCCCAAGAAGACUCCGCCCACCAUAAUGGGAACGCGGACCAAGAGCGGAAACCUCUGGAGGAGCAUCAGACCAGGGAAAGGGUGGAGGUGGUCCAGAACCACCAGCCGGCAGACAGGCAUGAUAGGCAUGCUGACAAGAACAAAGCACCAGCCGGGGGUAAAGGCGGCAGUAAGUCUGGCAAACACAAAUGGGUACCCCUCGACAUCGACGUGAAGGCAGUCAGGCCCGGCAAGCACAGUCAGCAUGCUGGAAGGCAGGAUAAUGACACGGUGUCCCUCAACGGCGAGGACCGCGGGCGCGGCGGCCCCCGUGGCGGGCGCGGCGGGCCCCGCGGGCGGGGCGCGCGGCGCCAGCCGGCCUCGCGGCCCGCCUCGGCCGCGCCGCCGCCGCACGCGCACCUCUACCCGCUGCCGCCCGACUACGCGCACCACGCCGCCGACCUCGCGCAGCUGCGCGCGGCUCAAGCGGGUGUGGCGCAGGGGCUGGUGAUGCACUACGGAGCCCUGGGGCCUCUGCCCGCGCUGGCGCCGCCACUGGCGCAGGCCUACUACUUCGGCGCCGCCGCAGCCAACGCGACGCCCUUCGGACUGGGAUUGGACCAGUCCACACUCAAGGAGAUGAUUCGGAAGCAAAUUGAAUACUACUUCAGCCCGGACAACCUGGCGCGUGACUUCUUCCUCCGCCGCAAGAUGUCCGCGGACGGCACGAUCCCGAUCACGCUGAUCGCGUCGUUCCACCGAGUGAGGGCGCUCACUACCGAGGUCACGCUCGUCUUGGACGCCAUACGCGACUCCGACAAGCUGCAGAUCGUCAACGGGUUCAAGGUGCGAACAGUAUUCGAACCGACAAAAUGGCCGAUCCUCGACCUAUCAGGGACCAAAGACGAAGACCCCGAUAAGCACAAGUCUGAUAAGCCUGACCAAACAACCGACCACUUGAAAGACUCAAAAGACGAGAAGGAACCGAAAGACGCCACGGCUGUGAAAGACGCCACGGCCGUGAAAGACGCCACGGCCGUGAAAGACGCCACGGCCGUGAAAGACGCGGCUGACACACUUGGCCAUACGGCCAAGUCUGAAGCCAAGCCAACUCAGCAAGUGGUUACAGAGACUAAGCAGAAGGAAGAAGCGCCAAGUAUAGAAGAGAGUGAAAAGGAAACCGUUGCCGAGGUCACUGAGUCGGCGCCCGCCCGGGAGCCAACGGAAGGCAAACCAAGCCAGGAUGAUCAGGAGAUUGAGGAAAAGGCGGACUCCAACGAGGAUCCCCCUCUGCAGGGCGACGGCGACGAUAAGCCAGGGGAGAAACGCCGUAAGAAACAGAUGGUGGGCAUCUUCCCGCUGGCGACGAUGGGCGGGCCCCUAGUGGCGCCCGUGUCCAGCCUACUGCGAGCCGUUCCGCCGCCGCCGCUACCCAGGAUGUUCCGUACGGGCCGCGCGUCCGGCGCUCCGCAUCACGACCACCUCAACCCCGACGUGCCAGAGUUCGUGCCGCAAGCACGCAGGACUGAAGAACCAAACAGUGAAAAGGCGGAGAUGAACGAACGAGCAGACUCCGCUUCGAGCCUCAACUCCGAGAGAAGUGGUACUGAUGUAUGGACAGAGGUCCGCCGCCGCACGAAGGCCGGGUCCCGCGAGCGAGCGCUGGCGCCCCCGACCUCCGCCCCGGCCGCAGCGCCCUCAGAGGAGGCGCGUGAAGAACUACACUUCCAGCUGGAUGAGGAGCUCGACCUGCCUCCGCCGAGACAGAAUACCUUCACUGAUGCCUGGUCCGACUCGGAGUCGGACAUGGAGUUCACGGACCGCGACGUGGGGCGGUUGCUGAUCGUGACGCAGGCGCCGGCGCGGCAGGCCAAGCACGACGGGCACGACCGCCACGGCGACUGGACCACGCGGGUGAAGAUCACCCAGGACCUAGAGCAGGUGAUCACGGAUGGCCUUAGGCGCUACGAAGAAGAUUUAUGGAAUGAUGACUACCCACCAUCGUCGGUGGGCAGCGGCUACCAGUACCGCACGGUGUCGGUCAUCUCCCGCGAGCAGUUCGAGGCCGCGCUGCCUGCGCCCGCGCACCACAACCCGGCCGAGCCGCCGCCGCCGCCGCCGCCCGUGGAGCCGCAGCAGGCGGCCAGCGCGCCGGCCGCGGGGGCGGGGCCCGCGGGGGCGGAGGCCGGCAAGGCGCGCCGCCCCCGCCGCACGGCGCGCUUCUACGCCGCCAGCAAGGACCCGCACGCCACAGACGUCAUUGUGACCCGUAAGCACAAGACCCGGUACAGCCUGAACCCGCCGGUGGAACACCACGUCGGGUGGAUCAUGGACGUGCGCGAGCACCGACCCCGUACACACAGCACCGGGUCGUCUCUGGGCACGUCCCCAACGCUGGGCUCGUCAGUGGGGUCGGUGGGCUCGGUGGGCCAGUCCCUACCCACGUUCCACCACCCGAGCCACGGGCUGCUGCGCGAGAACCACUUCACGCAGCAGGCCUACCACAAGUACCACUCGCGCUGCCUCAAAGAGCGCAAGAAGCUGGGCAUCGGGCAGUCGCAGGAGAUGAACACACUGUUCCGGUUCUGGUCAUUCUUCCUCCGGGACCACUUCAACAGGACCAUGUACAACGAGUUUAGGACGCUAGCGAACGAGGACGCGGCGGCCGGGUUCCGCUACGGGCUGGAGUGCCUGUUCCGGUUCUACUCGUACGGGCUGGAGCGCAAGUUCCGGCCGGAGCUGUACCAGCACUUCCAGCAGGAGACGCUGGCGGACUACGAGAAAGGUCAACUAUACGGGCUGGAGAAGUUCUGGGCGUUCCUCAAGUACUACAAGCACGCCGCGGCCCUGCAGGUGGAGCCGCCGCUGCAGGCCCACCUCGACAAGUUCCACAGCAUCGAGGACUUCCGGGUGCUCGAGCCGCAGCUGAACGAGCUGCUGGCGUCGCAGGGCCCGCUGGCGCCGGGCCGCGGGCCGCACGCGCGGCCCUACGACCGCACGCGCUCCGUCUCCGAGAGCGAGCGGACGCAGCACAGGAACAACUUCAGCCGGCCCGCGCCCGCGCCGCCCAGCAAGGACAGCAGCCGCGGCCGCGCCGGCUCCUGCGGCGCGCAGAGCGUCGUGGCGCUGGCUCGCCCCAGGCAAACGCCAAAAGUGAAGCCCGAGUCCACGGACUCGAAGCCCGUACCCACGAAGACCCAGUGACCGCCUGUACAUACGCGUGUAAAUAGUGACAUUGCGUGACUGUGCUAAACCUGCAUUUUUAUAUAUAAUAUGAGUAAAUGUUUAUUAGACUUAAUCUGGACGUGAGGCCUCUGGAUCGCAGGCUCCAACGGUCACGGGCCUAGCUUGUAUGCAUCGACAAUAAGCAACGCUGCGCGGUCAUCAGAAUACAUACGUCUAUAUAUUACCUAAAAUAAUGUAAGUAUAUAUUACCACUAAAACAUAUAUAUUUUUGACAUUGUAUCAUAAUUCGAACCUUCAAAAUGUGCAGUCAAUGUUAUACCUUAAACACUAGUGAGUUAUGUCCUAGUUGAUAAUGCUAAUUAAUAUAUAAAGGAGAAAAAAUAAUGUUCUUUUUUGGUGUUGAUUCCUGCAAACAAACUUAAUUUUGAUUUAGUUUGACGGAUACAAAACUACUUCCAUCUCUGUCAUGCACUCGUAGAAGCGGCAGUAUCUUGAGCUGAGGGUUUGAAUAGGCCACACUGUUGCAAUUCAUCUAAAAAAGUAAUUUGGCAUUUAAACAUACAUAAUAAACAACCUAUAUACGUCCCACUGCUGGGCACAGGCCUCCCCUCAAUCAACCGGAGGGGGUAUAGAGCAUACUCCACCACGCUGCUCCAAUGCGGGUUCGUGGAGGUGUUUGGGCUAGUAGCCCGGGACCUACGGCUUAGCGUGCCUUCCGAAGCACGGAAUGUCCUUACCAAACAAAGGACAGUCACUCAAAGUGAUUUCGUCAAUGUCCCCAUCGGGAAUCGAACGCUCUAACCGCUACACCACGGAGGCUGUAUUUGACAUUUGCGCGUAUAAAAAGUAAGUGCGCAAUGUUAAUAAAUGUCAAAUAGCAAUAUGUGUGGAUUGUGAGGUGGAUUACCAACCUCAUCAACCGUGGUGUCAGGGUUAAUAUAGAGCCGCCAAAGGCCCCUGACAUGGCUCACGUAACGACUUAUUUGAGCAAAAAGUAGCCGGGACCUUAACCCGUAAUGUUUUUUAUGACGAAUUGAUUCAAUGAGGCCUUUUCACCCAAUGUUAGACUGGAAUAAAAUUAAGUGUUGUUAACCGGAAUCAGUGCACGUGUCUUAGUUAUUGCUUACAUAGGAGUCGUCUAAUGUCGACUCGGUUUUUAGUUUUUUUUUGGUGCUGCGUUUAGCAUUUUUUUUCUUCGAGUUUCACUUAAUAGGUUUGGAUCUCUUUUUGGUCGGCGGUGAGAUGUUCCAAAGGUGAUUUUGAGGUUGCUUUUACGCUUGUAUAUUGUUUAAUUUGUUAUUUUUUUUUUCUGAUAUUAGUCUUUUGUAGUAGCAAACCCCUCAAUCUUCAUGCAAAAGUCUCUUACUUGUAAGUGCGUGCGAGUCAAAGAUUAGUAAGACCCAGAGGGGGUGAGGUAGGCGCCCGAUACGACUCAGUGCGGGGCGGGGUGUUACCGGCGGCUUGAACUAGGCGACAUAAAUGAACAUGUUGAAAUAAACUUACUGAACGUCGAAUUGACAUAUAAUGGUAAUCUUUUAGGAUUAUUAUGUGUCACUAACACAGUUGUCUCGACCAUUAUAGACGGCGAUACCGCUCACCUAUCAUGUUGGUCAAACAGAAAGCUCUGUGAGGUGCGGGUACUUAGUUCAUCUUGCGAUGGAUGUACCUCUGACUACCCCGAUUGGGAUGUAGCAGUGAGCUUAUGUUAUUAUGUGUCAGUGAAAAAUAUUCGACAAUUUUUUAAUGAAAUUUAGCAUUACGCGACUAUUUGAGUGCCUUAAUAAAACCUCUUUCGAGGUUAUUCCUACACCUACGAAUGGCAUAGUGGCCUGGAAAAAAAGCAAGUUUUUUUAAUUCACAUCACUAAUUUAAGAGCCACGCUCUUGUCGGUGUAGCAUUCUCCAUGCUACUUUUUUACAGAAAAUAGGGCAGUGGUGUCCCUCUUGUCUUCCGCCCCGCAGUACUUUGUCUGACGUGAGUGGGAUGGCGCCCAGAGUAGUCUAUUUCAUAGCCGUACUAGGACUCCUGUCCUCCGAAUAGUACUGACAGUUACUGCUGCCCUCUGUCAGGUUAUAGGUUACAGUCCCUGUGACUCGCCUCUUCCGUACUGCAUUGCCGUACCGAUGGCUCCCAUCUCCGCCUCUGCAACCGUUGAGGUCACCUACCAAGGCAAAGGAUCUACGUUAUACCCCUUAGAUCUGGGGUCAGGGUCUUAAAUAACACAAUGAUGUAAGCGUAAAAGUCAUCUCAUUUCAUGGGAUAUGUCGUCUCGAAAGUCGUUUAUUUUGACAUCCAUACUUGAAACGUCUCCUCACCGAUCAAUAUUCAAAAAUUAGGGCAAAAUUGUACAGAUGUUGAUACUUGUAGUAAAAUAAUGAUAUUAGACUCAUGCGAAUAAUUGUCAGAAGACUGGGUCCUGAGAGUCGAUCGGACGAGAUAGGAUGCGAUUCAACCGAGACAUUACACUGACAUUUACACCUGUAACCCUCCUUAUGUUGUCGAUAUGUCGUGGCCUGAUCUUAGAGUUGAUCAUUUCUGAAGUAAAUUAUCAUUCGUUGGCCACAUCAUGAUGUAGUUUGGAUCGGGAGUCUCAUAUCCCCAUUUAAACGCGGUAAGAACCCGUUAUUACGUGCUUUAAUUAUGAGUUGCCUAUUUUAACACAUCAUGAAAUGAUCAAUUCUGCGAUCUGGCCACGACAGAUAUACCACCAAUCCGCACUAAACGUUUAGCCUUCUUUUUGAUGUGAAUAACAAAGGACUGGAACUGUCUGCCGUCGUCUGUUUUUCCCGUUAUAAUCUGGGAGUCUUCAAGGCUAGAGUGAAUAGGCAUUUGUAUAAGCGUGAUCCAUUAUAGACCACAUUGUCACUUCCCAUCAGGUGAGAUUGUGGUCAAACGCGAGCCUAUAUUAUGUCAACUUCAACUUUUUUCUUUUUAUGGCUGCAUCGUUCAGAAACGAUGAUUCUGCCAACGUCAGGGUUCUAAAGAAAUUAAACAUUGAAAUGGAAUUUUGAUCAGUUAAAUUAAAAUUCAUGUAAGCUCUUCUUGGACAGCUUACAUGGAAGAGAUUAAAGAAAAGGUUAACGCCGUGUCUUAUAGGGAAGUCGAGGAAUUGGCCUUUGAUAGACUGGAAUGGAAAAUGCUGCACCGACAAGAGCGUGGCUCUUAAAUUGAUGAUGAAAUUAAAAUAAUCGGUGUAUAGUCCAAUGAUGUAGAUUGAACUUAGAAAAUCGAAUGGCACAAUUUGUUAGUAUUAGAUUACAAGACACAGGUCGCCUAUAUUAUUUAAAAAUAAAACAAAUUAAGACAACUAGUGGCAAACAUUAUCCAUCCGCAUUACCUAUCGCAGCGCCACCUAUUGGUUCCAGUUGUAAGUCUAAACCAUCUGAGAACCCAGUCAAACAUAGGAAAAAUUAUAUCAAAAUCAGUCGAGCCAUUUGCAGAUAGAUAGAUGAAAUACUUUAUUGAGCACAAUUGACACGAAAUACAGAUAUAGGAAGGAACAACAUACGGCCUUAUUGCUCAUGCAGCAGUCUUCCAGACAACCUUUGCAGCUACUAACUAGUCCUAAAGUUGAUUUUUUUUGAACGUAUGACCGUCUGUAUUCUAUGUUUUCCUAAACACGUUUAGCAGAGAAUUUCAGUGUAAUUUCAACCCGUUUGGAUCGCUAUCUAUACCGUUUGAAUAUGCCUCUAAUGAAUUUUAAAUGAACUUAGAUUAUGCAAGAACUUUUAAGAUUAUACUUAGUUUGUUGGCAUUUCAGACUCCUAAAGAAUAAAACUUAAUAGAGUGACUUAGAAAUUAAGAUAAUUUAAUAAAGUAAUACCUACAAAUAUGUAUGAAUCGCCACUUGGUAAAUGCGAGUCGGUUAUCUAACAAUGGUGUGGAUUCGGGCAACCUACUUAAUUUGACAGGGUUGAAACUACCUCCGUCCCUUUCUUGCACAUAUUGUAAGUGAAGAACGGAGCGAGUCACCUUUCUGAUCCUUUUUCUUUCCAAAUUCCGUUCCUUGUUUUUCCUACGAAUCCGUUUCCCUAUCUUUGUCUGUGGCAAAUGCGCAAGCCGCGCGAAGCCAAAACCUAAGAAAAAAAAAACGGAGCUAGCUUAGGACCUGUCAAAUUUCAAUUAGGUUAAGUUUGUCACUGAAUAGGCACCUCUAUCAAUUUCAAAUAAUUUGUUUUACUGUGUGCCACAAUAAUAAGAAAAGUAAGUUCGAAAUUAUAUUCCCAUAAUCUAUUUUAAGGUCGACGACUGACCGCACCAACCUGUUCAAUUUGGUAACAAUAUCUCGGAAAUUAUAAAUAAUUGAUAAAAGUCUUUACCGUUGUAGACUGGAUUAUAAUAAGUAUAACUCAGAACAAAAAAAAAAAUGUAGUGAAUUGUCUAUUUAAAAAAAGGUUUGUUUACAUUCGCGACGGACAGACAAGUCAGCGAAGACAGCGAAGUUUUAGUAGUAGUAUCCUGUUUUGACCCCUCGGAUACGGAACCCUAAAUAGUCUCAUUAAUUGAACAGCUACAUUAAUUAUGCAACAGAUUUGAGUAAACUUAAAUAUUAAAUGUAAAUUAUGACGUUUUUAUAAUAUAAUUAAUUAAAUACAGCUCUGGUUAAGUGGAAGAAUCGACUUAGAUAAAAUGUUACAACUUAGUUUAAAAAUAACAGUGAUGUUAACGAUUUUAAGUCUAAUAUUAAAAGGGCUUAGUGCUAGUUUUCAAAGACCUUUGGCGUAAGUUUUUUUUUAAUAAAGUGUCGAAACGUGCAUGACCAAAAACAUAUAUACUUUUGCUUACACGUCGUCUUAAUGUUGCUAUGUGCGUCCCACUGCUGGGCACUGGCUUCCGUUGAUUGAUCGCAGGGGCCACAUAAGCGUUAAUUAUAGUUAUUCUUGUUUAAAAAUAAAUCUCUUCGCUUAAAAAAAAAGACAUAAAUCGCUAAAGAUGUAAGGUGGGUUUUCGAAAGUGCCUUAAAAUCGUAAGACCGAAUGUUCUUUUAAAAUCCAAACCCUAUUGUUUAACUAUCGUGUCUGGAAAUCUCGGCGUUACGAGGUUAAACGUACGCAUUUUUGCAUCGUUUUCUAAAGUGUUUAUCACACCGGACACUUCAUACAAAAACACAUUUGUGUGCUGCCUAAAGCUGAGUUUCCAUUGACGCGGAGAUGUGCAGGAAUCGACCAAUCACCGUGAGGGAGAGAGUGACAGAGCGUCUUCGUUUUUCGCUCUCUCGAACGCUGUGAUUGGUCAAAUCCGCGUAAGUGGAAACCCGGCCUAACGCGUGCAAGUGUGACAGAGCGCGCACUCUCGCGCACCCUUUCUCCUCAGCAUAGUAUAAUAAACUACGUAUAGAACGGCAACUCUACGCUCCCCACCAGCUGAGCUAGGUUUACCUCACACUCGGUUUUACUUUAGUCUUCAAUCGUAUGGCGUCAGACGUCACACACACAGAUGCGCGUGUACGAUAACGUCAAUGUGUAGUGUCUGUGUAACACGAGGUGUUUUGUAUGAAGCGUCCGGGGUGCGUCCUCAGCGGGUUACAGCCGUUUAAGGCUAAAGUAUGACCCAGGGGGGGUGAGGUAGGUGCUCGAUACGAAUUGGUGCGGGGGGGGGGGGAGUUGCCGUUCUAUACGUAGUGUUAUUCUUUAUUCUAUGGUUCACAACGACUGUCUCUAGACUGUUCGAUUCGAUAAUGAAAAGGCAUAAUUAUUGUGACAUUAGAUAAAGAGUCGCUUUCAAAAAUUCACCUUAAUAAUAGCUUAUUCUUAAGAUGCGCUUAAAAAUAGUUUUCACAACAUAUAGCAGGUACCCUCGUUUUAAUAUAUAAAAUAACUCUUAUUUACUCGCAUUUGAAGUGGUUAUUCCUAAUUCUUUCGGGGUCUGUAUUAAACUGCCAAUGUAAAAUGGACACAACUGAGCACACAUUGUUUGUUUAAUCUAUUAUUUUUUAAAUCGGUCGGGUUUGACGAUUGGGAAAGUAUGAAAAGGUUUUGUUUUUAACACAACAGUCUUUUUUAUAUCUCACAGCCAGGGCGAUUUAGAGGACUAUAUUUUUUUUAUAAUUUGUUUUAAAGUAAAUACUUAAAAUAAUAAAAAUGUACAUAUUGUAAAAGUUUUAACAAAAAUAAUGUACGGAAUAAAGUUCCAAAGGAAAAUGUAGUUUUUGGCCGGAAUCCGCAGCUAAUUGAUUUGGAUUGUGGUAAAUAAAUUACAUAGAAUUUCCGCUAUAUCCCAUUGGGGUGGGCAGAUAAUAAAUGCUAAUUACAUUCUCAAUCGUCAAAUGUGACCAAAACGAAAGUGUAACAGUGUUACUACAAAACACAAACUAAAAAUAAACUAGGUUUGAAAUAGUAUUUCACGCCACGAAAGAAGUCGGCGGAUUUUAAUGAAACUAACUUGACAAGUCAUAAUAAUUCUAUGCAGAAUCUUCGACAGUAGCGCCGCGGCCUUCGGCACUUCAUUCGUAUACGGAUUAUAUUUUAAACAUAGUUUAUUUCUUAGUCUUUGUUUUGUAGUAACACUGUAUGUGUUUUUUGUAAUGAAAUUACUAACUUGCUCAACAUAAUGUUAUUUUGACGAAAGUGUUAUGUGACGUGACGAGUCGAAUUAUCCUUGUUGAGUCUUUGUUGAAUGACGCUUUUCUGUGCAUACUUUUGUCCGGCCAAGUGGUUGACCUCAGGCAGGACUACGACGUUGGAGAAAUUACAAUCUAUAUAUUUAACAAAAACAAUACACAGUCUUAAGUCCCACUGCUGGGAAGAGUCUAAUGACAAGGGUUCAGGCGAACUAAAUUUAGAAAAAGAUCUUGACAGAUACACAAACAGACGGACGGACAAAAAAGAAAGAAAGAAACAAUUAUUAUUUAGGACACCACAGACACGAAAAGUGAUAAUUGAUCCUAUAAGGGUUCCCCUUUACCUGUUGACGUUCGGAACCCUAAAAACGAUAUUUUUUUUUUUAGUUAAACAGUUCUAGAAGUGUAUAGCUGUCCUUCACUUAGAAUAAGUGCAUGAAAGAGAAACUACAUAUAUAAACUCACGCCGAGGAAAAUAGACGUGAGUUUAUAUAUGUAAAAAGAAACUAACUCUAGAACAUUCUAGAACUGUCAAACUAAAAUAAAAUUGUUCGUGUCUGCAAGAAUCCGUUGUCUAAAAACCACGCCUUGUCCUAAUCUUACAGACUAACUAAUUAUGAUCUUCCAUGAAUAAAUUGAUUCAAAUUGCGAUGAUUUAUGUAAUUAGACAUAUUUAUGUAAAUAUUCUUUGACGUAACAUGUCAUUUUGCGAAUGAGAAUGUUUAUCUUUCGCAUGAUAUUAUGCCAAUAGGAUUUAUGCUAAAAAUAUACUAAAGUCAUGUAUAUAUUUGUUAAAUAAAGCAUGCACGGAAAAAUAGAACCUAUUCUAAUGGUGCUGAUUCCAGUAUACACCAUCUAAAUUUGUUUAAGUUAUACCUGUCAUUUUCGUAUCCACCGAAAAGGAAAGGGACGGGUAAUCGGCAGGCAUAAAAUUUGUGAAAGACAAGUCAAUUUUAUGCAGAAAUUAAAACGUCAUCUCACAAUUUUACAUUUGGCAAUAAUUCGACAGAAUUAAGUUGAACGGGUUAAGUGCUAGCGAGAUCCCUGUGUGAUUUGCCAGGGUUAUUCAUUUAUUUACUUUAAAAUGAACAGCUGUCCAUCAUCCGUCCCUUUCCUUUUCGGCGGAUAAGAAAAUGACGGGUAUAACUUAAAAUAAAAUUAGGAGAUGUCUGCGGGAAUCGGGGCCAAUGCUGAUUCAAUUAGGAUAAUUUGAAAUUCGCGUAAAAAGUAUAUUUCUAAUGUAAUGUUGCACUAAAAUGUAACGAUUAUAAGGUGUGUGUCAAACUUAUUCUUUAUUUUCUUAGUUUUUAAGUGUGCUUUUUUUAAUAGGUACAUUUGCUGUGCGUAUGGACUGGAAUUGGUCGUCUAUUUGUCCGGCCAUUUGGGGCAAAUCUACGCCGAAAAACAAUAAAGUUGUCUCUUCAAUCAACUGUCAAAGUGGAAAUUAGUGAUGUUCCCAGUCGAUCGAUUUGGUUCCGUAAAAAAACUAUACGGCUCAACCAUAAAAUGUUUAGUAAGAAGAUGAGACAUAAAUUUACUAUAUACGUCACCCAACUGGCUGGGUAUAUGCCCUCUAGCGGAGAGGAAACCACCUCAAGUAUGACAAACCAAUUUUCAGAUGAUACGUACGGCAAAUCUACUGUUAAUUCUAUUUUAUAAUUGUUAGAUUAAAUAAGUUACGUCUAUGGUCUAGCAUCGCUUCUGUCUUCAAGUGACAAGGAUCUUGCGGCGCGUGAAUGACAUUGGCAGAGGGCGCUAAUGCGCAUCACCAUACUUUUGUUUUUGUUGUAUUUGCCCGUACUGGACAAGCAAAGGGGACCCGUACAGCCAAGUCAUGUGUGUAAAAUUCCCAUUUUAGAAAUAACUUUCUCCCGCGAUUCUGAUUUUUUACGCGCGCCAAUGCAUCCUUGUCGGUCUUUAGCGCCGUUUUGACGUUUAAUGUUUGACGUCCCAAGUCCAUGCAAAAUUCUCAAAAAAAAUUACAUGAAAAAAAAAUAUAUUUUUUACUUAACUUAAAUACAAAAUAAUGACGGCUAGGGUAAAGUCUCUAAAUAUACAAUAAAUUUUAAAUUAUAAAGAAAAGUAUAGAAAAUAAUUAAUUUUUGGGUACAGUAAUAAAAUGAUAUCUGCGUAUCAGUGAAUAUAUAACAGAUUUAAGAAAUAAAAUGAUUGAUUUUUCCAUUACAGCACUAUCGUUGCACUUUAUGGACUGGAUAUGCAAACCUUACGCGUCAAAAGCUUUUUAAUGGCGCUAUGCAUUCUUAUAAUAGUUCCUAUUAUAAUUAACCAAUUUAUUUUAAAAUGACACAGAAAUCGGUAGCUUAGGGAUUUAGAGCAAUAACGAAUGUUCUUUAGCGAAUAGCCCUCAAUUUAUUUACAUCGACAUAGUUGUCGGUUUUGACGAAUCUUAAAUUUAUUUUAAUUUGACAGCCCUUUAACAGUUUUACUUUACGACACGUACAAGAAAUUGAAACAGCUCUAGUUUUGAGACCGUCAAACUUAAAAUAAAAUUAAGUUUGUAUCUGUCAAAAUCGACAUCAUAAUGUGAUGGUAGGCUUCAAACUAUCAAAUGCAGUUUUAAAUAAGAGACUUAGACGAAUCAAUAUGUUAUUAUUAUCCGCUUGUAAAUGUACUUUAGCUAAGAUUUUCACAAAAAGAUUCCAAACAAUUAGUUAAAAAGGUUAUUGGCACUAGAUCCUACGUGUAUAAUGAUGUAUAAAUUAGAAUGUAAAUUAAAUAAAAUUUAAGUAAAAAAUAAAUUUUGAUUAGAGUUUGACAAUUAUUAUUGAUUUUCAAAUUAGAUAGUCAAAUUAGAUGAUGCGCUGUAGGUAGUUUCUUUGGGGGAAAAUAUUUAUAUUGAUAAGAUCAAAUGCUUAUAUUUCAGUGCGAAUUUCACACUACAUACUUAACAUGUAAUAUUUUAACAAAGUAAUAAUGAUUCAAUGGCGAAAUUUAAUUUUAACUUGACAGCUCCGAAAGUAGUGCCUUCCUUCACACACACUCGGUGCUAGUAAGAGAGAGCUAGUUCCAUAACUGUCAACUUAAAUUAAAAUUAAGUUUUGUUAUUGAAUUACAUAAUUCACAUUAUAACUUAACUAUGCCAACGAAUUAUCGCUUUUAGCAUUAAACCUUACGAUUUCUGUGUCUCGGUUUCUUUUAAUCUAGCCGUCCCGUAUAAACUUACUAGGAUUAGAUAUACCUUGAAGGAUGCGUAGUGACUCCAGCGGCCGUAGCAUGGCAGACGCGACGCGACUGAUAAAUGACCACGACCAAUAAUUGUACCGCUGUCCUAACAAAGGUAGCCUGUUGGUAGAAGCCCGCGACAUAUGUCGCGUCGUGUCUGCCAUGCUGCGGGCGCAUCGAUAUACAUUGCUUUUAUAGUACUUAUUGGUUAUAAUAGUGCUCUUUAAAUGUGUAAAUGUAUGUUGAAUUGAAAGCGUUCUCAUAGUGCCUAGUCGAAGCGAUUGCUAGCCUCAUUGGAAAGUUGCUACACUUGAGAAUCUGAUAUUUAUGUGACGCCUGUAGGUACGGGUUAGUUCAUCACGCUAUUGUUCCUUUCGGGGGUGUCAGAGGUGUCGUAGUGGCAACAAAGGUAUGGAUUUAAGUAACCUCGCGUAAAUCAAUCUUAAACUAAUGAUGAUGAUAACAAGAUGAAGGGCUUAGCACUGAAAAAUAUCUAUUCCAAAGCAAGAGGUUGUGCAAUUGAACCAACUCUUGAUGAUAAGAGGUGAUGUAGUUCUCUGGCAACCCUGUUAGGGAUACGGUGCAAGUAUGCGACAUGUGUAUUCGACAAAUAUUUAGCAGUAUAGUCGUUGAGGUUAUAACCGUGUAACAGCUUAACACUUAAAAGUUAUUUAAAUAAGUGCUUUGUGAUGCUAAAAUGUGUGUUAGGUUGUACAUACAUACAUAGAGAUUGACGAACUCGCGCCCGCAAUCGCUAUUGGGGUGGGCAGAAUGUCAGAUUCGCAAGUGUACAGUUACUGACGUCUUAUGAACGUUAUUGUUAAGUUUUUAAAUUUACUUUGUCUAUUGUUGCAAUUUUUUUUUAGUAGGUACGUCAAAGGAGUCAAUACCCUUAUCUAGGAUUACUGUAUAAAUGAAAAAUAUACAAAAAAAAAGUCUUGCUUCUUAAUAAGUGCUGUAUGAUAAGUAUUUAGAAAAAAAAAAUGGGUAGGAAGUAUUUUUCCAGUGGAGUUAACAUUGAUUGUUGAAUAGUUUUUCAGUUUUUGUAACUUGAGGAAUUCAUAAAUUGGUUGUUGUAAUAUAAAAUGGACUUAGCAUGUUAGUCAAUAAUCUAUACAUACAUAGUGUAUUCUUGGAUAUGAUUAAGAAAUUGUUUUUUAAGAUGCUUGCUGCGCCCGCGGCGGGGUCCUCUGUGAAAGAUGUAUUCAUUUUUUGUGCAGUUCCUCCUCAGUUUUCAUUUUGUCAGUCCUGCCCGCGCCGCGCGGCCACUCUGGCUGUAAGUUAUACAUUAUAUACAUAUUAUUAUAUUGAUAAAUAAAUUAAUAAUAAAAACCA